AUGAGAGCCCCAGCCAUACUGAGAGUCAGGGGAGCCAGAGCAGCAACGAUACACACGCCAACACCUUCACCAACAUGUCCGACCCCAAGAAGCUACUCCUCGACCUCCACCACCACACGCCCCAAGACCGCCCUCUUCUUCCCUGGCCAAGGCGUUCAACGCGUGGGCAUGCUAGACCCCUGGCUCACAACCUUCCCCUCGACCGUAAAACCCCUGCUGGAAGAAAUAGACCAUACCCUCAACAUUUCUCCCUCAUUGACUUCACUCAUCUCCCACGGCACAAAUGCCACCCUCACCGCAACGCAAAACGCGCAACCUUCCAUCAUGGCCACCAGCAUCUUGAUCUUGAGGGUGUUGGAAAAAGAAUUCGGCUUCGACACCAAGCAAACAGUAGAUUUUACCCUCGGCCACAGUCUAGGCGAAUUCGCCGCGCUCGUUGCAGCAGGAAACCUAGAGUUUGGUGCCGCGCUGCGCAUGGUGCGCAAACGCGGUGAAGUCAUGGCCCACUGCUCUACCUCGACACACCAAGAAAUGGGCAUGAUAGCUCUAGUCUGCGAACCCGAGCAACGCGACGCCACAAUCUCGGCCAUCACUCGCCACUUGACCGCAAACCCAGACUUGAAGUGUGUGGUCGCCAACAUCAAUUCGAAAACGCAAUUCGUGCUCAGCGGAGAGAUUGCCCAUGUCAAUCAGACGUUGACGCAUAUCCGCCACUUCGACAGCCACGAUCCACGCGCCGUGAGACUAAAAGCCGAUUCGCCGUUUCAUUCGCCAUUGAUGCUGCCUGCGGUAUCUCUGAUGCGCAACUUGCUUUCUGCGCCUGGGGCAGUGACGUUUUCGCCGCCAGACACUUUACCUUGCAUCUCAAACAUUACCGCCAAACCCUUCACUUCCGCAUCUGAAUUGAUAGAUUUGGUGGCGAGGUCAGCAGCAGAACCGGUCUUGUGGCAUCAAAGCAUUGUAUACUUGCACAAAGAGCAAAAUGUAAAGAGAUGGAUAGGAAUCGGGCCUGGCAAAGUAGGCAGGAAUCUGGUUGGCAAAGAGGUGGGUAGUAAAGGAUUAGGUGGCAAGGGAGGCGGUGUAUUGGCAUUGACGGAUCCCAAAGAGAUUGAUGAGUUUAUGAGGGCUUUGGAGGAGAGUGAUAGAGGUGCCGAGGAAGAGACGUGA